GUGUGAGAAAGACAUGAACCCCGUCCUUACAACUGAAAUUAGCUGAGAGAUGGGAAGAGUGGGGUGGUGGGCUUGGAGAAAGGAUGGUAGAAGAAAUACAGCCAAGGAAUGACUUGAUGGAGACUCUGCCCCAGGGAAAUGGUACCAACCACUGCAGGUCUCUGCAGCCUCUGCCUUGGAAGAGUGCCUGUAACAGGCCCUGGUGGGGGGCUAGGAUGGCAUCCAGCCCCCAUCUCAACAGUGGGCUAACAUGGAGAGAGGAACUGCUGGGGCCCCCAGCUGCACCACACCUUCCACAGCUGCUGCCCAUGAGGACAAGGCCGGAAAAUGCAGCGAGCAUCCGCUGCCGAGGGUCGGCCAUGAGACGCAAACGCAGAGGCAGCCCUGCCCGGCAGGUUGAGGCGUGCGAUGUCUGGCUGGACACGGCGAAGCUAAAGCAGCGCAGAGGACAGUCUCUCCUACCCAAGCCAAAAGUAUCUCAUCGCCUUCUGGAGAGGCACUGUGAGGGGUACACCUCAGUGCCUUCCACGCAGACAAGAGCAGCUCCAGCGUGCACCAAGCAAACCACCAUCUCCGCCUUCUUCAGUACCCAGACAGAUGAAAAAGACAAAGAAAACUCCAGGUUAUCUCCGCUUAUCCUAAAUAAAGAACAUAAAGAAAAAGGUAUUCCUUUGGCUGCCUCCCCUGUGAAGAUCUUGACGUUUCCGCAGAUAGAGGAAGCGCAGAAACCACCCUUCAGAGCUGAAGAUAAGAAGGUACAGAUUAUACCCCAGCAUCUUGUACAAAAAGCACCAGUCUCGCAGACCUCUUUGCCAGACUCUUUGCUAGAAGCAGAGUCCCGCAGUAAGGGUGAGGCCUCCUGUGGGGGAGAAGAGGAUUUCUCCUUAGACUUUACCCAGGAUUCAGAGGGCAACCAGAUCCUAGCUCACAGAAAUGUAGCUGACUUAUUUGCUGGAGAAACAGUCUCUGGAAGCAACAUAACUUCAAGAAAGAGAACAGACUCCUGGAUAAACAAAGAGGAGGGCCAGCUGGACCCAGAGGAGGAGAAGGAUGGACUUGAUAUCCAACCAAGUCAUGGUGCAAACCAGAGUAAGAAACCACACCGACUAUCUAGUAGCAAUAAUUCUUUAAUUGAUUUCUCCGAGCCUGAGAAUAUAAAUCCUGCUAUAAAGAGAGACAAUAUCGGGGCUGCUGGCUUUUGUUCAUCUCCUAAAAGAAUACCUAAAGCACAGCCUUUGAGAGAACGCAGCCAAAAUGCUGGUGGUGGUUCAGCUAAGGAAGAAUGGGACAGUAAGAACAGACUGAGCAGUCCCUUGAGGCAAUUGUUUACCCAGGAUUCAGAGGGGAACAGAGUAAUUUCUCACUACUGCCAGAAAGUGAGAUCUCCUCUAAAGGCGAAAAACAGCACUAGCAGUUGGCUGACUAACUCCCCAUACAAGGAUUGUUCCAGGGAUGCUACAAAUAGGAAUGUAAGCAAACUAGGGGAGCAUCAGUUAGAUGCAUGCUACGAUUUACUAUUCACCCAGGAUUCAGAAGGGAAUAGAGUUAUUAAACACUGACUAGUAGUCAUUAAUGGGUAGCCUGUAUGAACUCUUCUGAAGCCUAAGGAAGGCAUCUUCUUUAAGACAGGGGUUAGGAAUAGGUAAGUAUACUCAUUGCUUAUAUAUAUGGUCUAGGCAGUAUAUGUAAUAGACCCAUGCAACAGGGAAUCUCUUUGGUCUCUAAUAAAAUAAAUUUUAAAAGGAA